UAUUUUUAUAUUUUUGAGUGGCAAUUCCUGCUUUCCCUAGUCUAGAUAAAAUCUUCAACUAACUAGUUAAUUUUGGGGAAAAUGAUACCCUACUCUAGACCCAAACGCUCUGAUUUAUAUACCCUAUCCUAGAGUAAACUGCUUGAAAACCAUACCCUUCGCACACGCCUAUAUAGCCCAUAUAUGGCAGUGCUCCCCCCCCCCACCGGGGCUGUAAGACACGUUAGCGGGGUCAAAAUGUCAGACUUGUUGAUCGAUGAUCUGUGUUGUACUAGGCACUCUAUUAUUCAUUUUAACGAUGAAUUCUCUUUGUAAUCUUAGAACCCUUACUAAAGACAGGAAGGAGCAAUAACAACAUGACAGCAAACAAAAGUCUAUCGAUUACAAUGAAUGUACAAGGCAAUAUCACAACAUCUGAGCCCACGAUGGCCAUGCACAGUGAGCUAGAGCACAUUUUAAUGAGCGGAAGCCUGAUACUGAUUAUGAUGGCUACUCUGGUUGGCAACGGCACCGUCUGUUUAGCAGUUUACUGACGUCGUAAACUGCGCACGCGUACUAACAUGUUCAUUAUUAACCUAUCAUGUGCCGACAUUGGAGUUGCGGUGCUUUGCAUGCCAUUUUCAUUGGUCACGUGCUUGCGUCACGGCUGGGUGCUAGGCGAUGCCUUGUGCAAGUUGAGUGGGUUCGUUAACAUAUUGUUUUGCUUGACAUCUCUACUUACGCUGACCGCUAUAAGUGUGGAGAAGUAUUUUGCCAUCUGUAAGCCGCUGUACCACAGGUACUUGAGCCGAAAGUUUGCCUUGGGUCUCCUGUUAUGGACUUGGAUUCUGCCAAACAUUAUUGCCUGUGUACCUUUCUUUGGUAUCGCUCAGUAUGAAUUUAAACCAGGUAUCUUUUCAUGUGUGUUAAUAACAGUUAGUACCACUCAGUGUGGAGUCCGGUUUCCUCCAAUCUUGCUGAAAAAGUGUACCGCAACGUUUGUUAUUCUCUGUGGUUUUGUAAUACCGCUCAGCAUCAUGGAAUUUACUUACAGCAACAUUUUCCGCUCAGCCAGGCGUCACGCUCGGCGGGUCAGUCGAGUCUCGUUUUCAAGCACGUGUAGUACCAACUCCACCACGGCCCACAGACAAGUAGCGGUUACUGUGCUGAUCUUAUUUGUGGUUUUUCUGCUGUGUUGGCUGCCAUAUUUCCUAUAUGUAGUGUUAGUCAGUGUGGCGAGCGCCUCGCUAUCAGCUGAUCGCAGAGUUAUAGCCUUGGGCAAGGCCGCCUACUGGUGCGAGUUUGCAAGCAGUGCACUUAAUCCUUACAUUUACGGUUUCCGUAAUCCACACUUCAGAGAGGAAUUUCAGUUCCUACUCUGUUGGCUGUACGCGAUGACGUAAUUGUCACGAGACCGAAAGUGUUUUUGGGACACGUUGAAUGUUAUUACUUUGUAUGAGAAGCCAUAUUGAAAUUUUGUACGAAGUGAAUCCUUCAAAAUCCUUGUAAUCCUCAGUCGGUAGAGCAUGAGACAGCUUAAUCUCAAGG